AUGUUGGCCCUUCAGGUUCUCUGGCGCGCUCUGAGCCGGGAGUUCCGAGCGUGGCUCUCCGACGUGACUCAUGUUCAGCUGGAGCCGACCAUCGACCUGUCCUGCGCCCGCUACGAAUACACAGAACAGGAGUUUGACAAGCUGCUAAACUGUAGUGAAAUUUGUGUAUGUGCAGAUGUCCUGCUGUGCCACGAUGAUGAGCUGGAAGGUCGGAGAAUUGCCUUCAUCCUCUACCUGGUGCCGCCGUGGGAGAAGAGUGAUGGAGGAACCCUGGACUUGUACAGCACCGAUGAACAUUUUCAGCCACAGCAAAUUGUCAAGUCAUUAGUGCCUUCGUGGAACAUGCUGGCUUUCUUUGAAGUGUCUCCAGUCUCCUUCCACCAGGUAUCAGAAGUUCUGUCUGAGGAGAAGUGCCGCUUGUCAGUGAGUGGCUGGUUUCACGGCCCAUCCAUAGAGAGACCUCCACGCUAUAUCGAAGCGCCUUUGCCAAGGAGUCCACACAUCCCUUACGAUCAAGAAAUCUUGUAUGAGUGGAUCAAUCUGGUUUAUCUGGACAUGGACUCCCAAGCUCAAAUCCAGGAGGAGUUUGAGGAGCGCUCAGAAAUUCUCCUGAAGGAUUUUCUUAAGAAAGAGAAAUUCCAACUACUGUGUGAAGCUCUGGAGAAAGAUGACAUCCAGUGGAGUAGCCGAGGGCCCCCCAAUAAGAGAUUGUAUGAGACUGCAGAGGAAGAGAGUCUCCCUGACAUCCUGAAGAACUUCCUGCAGCUGUUACGCUCUGAGGCCAUGUUUCUGCUGCUUUCUAACUUCACUGGCCUAAAGCUGCACUUCCUGGCUCCCUCUGAUGAGGAUGAAGAUGCAGGGGAAGGAAGGGCUGCAGACACUGCUGGACACAGCACUCCCAAACCUCAGCAAGAAGAGGCUGAACAACAGGCUGGCAGUAAUGCCCAUCAACAAGAGCAGCCUGACAACGUCCCUGACGUGCAAGAGGGCGAGACGCAGAAUGGUUCAGGUGCCCCAGUGUGUGCAGGGGAGGUGAGACGCUGGACCCAUGGGCACUAUACUUUAGUCCACGACACCCAGGCAACAGAAUUUGCUCUGGACCUGCUCUUUUUCUGUGGGUGUGAAGACUGGGAUCCAGAAUAUGGUGGCUUUACAUCCUAUAUUGCUAAAGGUGAAGAUGAAGAGCUAUUGACUGUGAAUCCAGAGAACAACUGCUUGGCCUUGGUUUAUAGAGACGAAGAAACAAUGAAGUUUGUGAAAUACAUCAAUCACCGUAGCUUGGCACGUCUGAAAAAGCAUCCAAAGAGAACAGCAUUUUGGGACUUUUCUUUUGUCUAUUAUGAGUGAUGAUGCAGAGCGUCACCAUCCUCACACAAAGUCACUCUGAUGGCAGUACUGGGUUUUGGAAGGGUUCCCAGCCAAA